CCUGGCUUCUACUCAUAGGGGCUCUCGUUUUUUCUCUCCCACACCAAACAAACCAAGAGAGGAAGAAAGAAAGAAAAGAGUAACACAUCUUUUUGUUCUUGACCCUUCUCUUGGCAAAAAACCUUCUUCUUCUUCGUCUUCUUCUUCUUCUUUUUCAUCUCACACCACCAUGGCUUUCCCACUCCUCUUCCUUCUCUUCCUCUCCCUCCCAUUCUCCUACGCAAAUCUCAACGCUGAUUACUACAAAGAAACAUGCCCAGACUUCCCAAAAAUCGUAAUGGAAAACAUCUACACCAAGCAAAGCACAAGCCCCGCCACAGCACCCGGUAUUCUCCGCCUCUUCUUCCACGACUGCAUAACCGACGGCUGCGACGGCUCCAUCCUCAUCUCCUCCAACGCCUACAACCCCCAUGCAGAACGUGAUGCGGACCUCAACCUCUCCCUCUCCGGCGACGCCUUCGACGUCAUAGUCAAGAUCAAGAACGCGCUCGAGCUCGCAUGCCCCGGCGUCGUUUCGUGUUCCGACAUCGUGGCACAGGCCACCAGAGACCUUGUCAAGAUGGUGGGUGGACCCUACUAUCCCGUGAUGUUGGGGAGAAAAGACAGCUUUGAUUCUGACGCUGCAAAGGUGGUCGAAAGCCUUCCCACGCCCAACAUGACCAUGGACCAGAUCAUUGAGAAGUUCACCAAGAAGGGUUUCACGGUGAAGGAGAUGGUGGCUCUGACCGGCGCACACACCAUUGGGUUCACUCACUGCAAGGAGUUCAUCAACAGGAUCUACAACUUCAGCAAAACCUCCGAUGCUGACCCCUCCAUGCACCCUAAACUGGUUGCAGGGUUGAGAUCAGUGUGCCAUAACUACACCAGUGACCCCUCCAUGGCUGCAUUCAAUGACAUGAGGACUCCAGGGAGGUUCGACAAUGCUUAUUUCCAGAAUGUGAUGAAUGGGUUGGGGCUCUUGGUCUCUGACUCCAUGCUCGGUGUGGACCCUAGAACCAAGCCAUUUGUGGAACUGUAUGCAAAAGACCAGCAAGCUUUCUUCAACGACUUUGCAAAUGCAAUGGUGAAGCUUUCUGCAUUUCAAGUCAAAACUGGCAAGGAAGGAGAAGUCAGGUCCAGGUGCGACCAGUUCAACAACCUUAAACGCGUCUAAGCAACAAACAUUUUACGUACUGAGGUUGAAAUUAUUUGAUCCUUCCAAACUACAUAUAUAAUCCUUAAACUCCUGUGUUUAUUAUCAUCUUUAUAUGAUCCAUACUAAACUAUUGUUUUUUAUUUAUAAAAGAAAUGAACCAUAUAUAUAUAUACACAUUAGUAUGCAUCGUAUGGAGAUUUGUUGAGAUAAUGUAGUUUGGGAUCAUCAAAUAAUUUCUUGGGGUUUUUUGUAUCUAGAGAGCCAUGAGUAUACAUUCUUAUUUGUGUCCUUUUAAGAAGAAGGAUGUGAGAAACUUAAUUAACUAUAUUGCUUAUAAAUAAGAGCCAUGAGUACUUUGAUUCCUUUUUGUUGCUUGAUUUUGUUUUGUGAGAGAGGUGAAGAUGCAUAAGGCUUGUGAUGGAGAAUGUAGUUUUACCCAUCUGGUAUUUGUGCUGUUGCUUCUAUAGUGGAUAUAUAAUUGUA